AUGCGAAAAGAGCGCGACUUGACUCGGAAGUUUGAAGGUCGAGUGGCCGAGCUGGUUGCGGAAUGCAAGAGUCUUGAGGCAAAUUACAACGAACUUGGGGAGUCCAAGAAGGAUGUCGAAUCGGAACUCUUGUUCGCUAAAAAGGAAAAGGAAGGAAGUGAUUCCAAGUUGCAGGCUUUACGCGCCGUCACUGAGGGGGAACUUAAAAAUUUGCGAACCGAACUAGCUCGAGAAAGACUCCGCUGGGCGAAGGAGAUCCUGCCACAGAAUCUGAGUGUGAUCAUGCGGGAAGUAGAGUUCCUCUAUGACCAAAGUCAACGCGAUGUAGCACAAGUUAGAGGCUUGCGGAGAAUCAUUGCGUUGGUGGGACGAUACCUGGGGCAGCUUCUUCCGAAAGGCACAGUCGACUUGCGAGUAUUCGUUAGCAAUGAUGAUGUGGAUGAAGGAGGUGCCAUAUGGCGAGCGAUUCAUUGCGCAUUUGGCGGUUUGGAGAAUAUCAAGCUCGCAAGUGAGGAGAAGGAAACAAGACUGGCGAAAAUGGAAGAGACGAUGGAGUCUAUGCUACAGUAA